GAACUGGAGAGAGAGAGAGAGAGAGAGAGAGAGAGAGAGAGAGAGAGAGAGGAGCUGAAGAAGCUUCUCGCUCCAGCACAAUCUCGGCAACAAAUCCUAACGGUUUGAAUUUGCUCAACGGAAAUAACCGUCACCGAUUCCUCGGGAAGAAGAAGAUGGCGACUCUGCAACUUCCGGGUUGCAGAGCUAUCGAUCGCUCUUCGCCUCCGCCGUUGAUCCACGACUCCUCCUCUUCCUCCGCGUUUUGGGGAGGACACGUGGCUUUCAUCAACGCCCGUCGUUCCUCGACAGAGAAGCUCCGGUCCGACGGCGGAGCGUUUAGGAUCGUGGCGAAGUCGGGCGGUUCGUCUGCGUCGUCGUUCAAGAUGAACUUGAACGAGUACAUGGUCACUCUCGACAAACCGCUCGGGAUUCGGUUCGCGCUCUCCGUCGACGGCAGAAUCUUCGUCCACGCCCUCAAGAAAGGGGGGAAUGCGGAGAAGUCCAGGAUAGUAAUGGUGGGCGACAAAUUGAAAAGGGCCGGGGAUUUGUCCGCCGGCCGGCUCGUUGAGGCCACCGAUUUUGGUGAUGCACAGAAGAUGCUGAGGGAGAAAACAGGAUCUGUUAGCCUGGUUCUUGAGAGACCCUUGUCUCCUUUUCCAAUUCAGCAACUGCUUCUUAUGAAUGAUCUCGAUAAUCUGUUCAAUAGAGGUAGAGUUUCUUUUGCAACUUGGAACAAGGCUGUGCUGGCUUCAAGUUUGCAGUCAUCUCCGGGAACCGGUGGGAACUCUGGCUUUGUUACGUUCUCCUCGAAGUUUCUGAAACCACGAGGAUGGAAUUAUUUGAGUGACAAAAAUGGUCAUAUUCAAUCACAAAUGCAGAAGAAUACUCUUGCCCAACCCCUGAGCCAGCUUGCUUGUAUUUACGCUGAAGAGGAGUCCGGAGAUGGAGAAUGGACUCAUGGGAACUUCCCACUGGAUGAAUAUGUUAAGGCACUGGAUCGCUCUAAAGGCGAGCUAUACUAUAAUCACGCUCUCGGUAUGCGCUACAGUAAGAUUACUGAACAAAUAUAUGUUGGAUCAUGCAUACAAACAGAAGAUGAUGUGGUGGUGUUGGCAAAUGUGGCGGGAGUUACUGCUAUACUGAAUUUCCAAAGUGGAUUUGAGACAGAAAAUUGGGGAAUAAAUUCCAACGCAAUAAAUGAGUCAUGCCAAAAGUUCGAUAUUCUGAUGAUCAACUAUCCUAUAAGGGAUGGAGAUUCUUUUGAUUUGAGGAAGAAACUGCCAUUCUGUGUGGGGUUAUUAUUACGCUUAUUAAAGAAGAAUCAUCGUGUUUUUGUUACUUGUACAACUGGUUUUGAUCGGUCUCCAGCUUGUGUAAUAGCAUACCUACACUGGAUGACUGAUACUUCCCUUCACGCAGCUUAUAAUUUUGUCACCGGGUUGCAUUUAUGCAAGCCUGACAGACCGGCAAUUGCUUGGGCAACAUGGGAUCUUAUAGCCAUGGUGGAAAAUGGGAAACAUGAUGGACCUCCAACACAUGCUGUGACAUUUGUAUGGAAUGGACAAGAGGGGGAGGAUGUAACCUUAGUUGGAGAUUUCACUGCAAACUGGAAAGAACCAAUUCGGGCAACUCACAAAGGUGGAUCCCGAUGGGAAGCAGAAGUCAGACUUUCACAAGGAAAGUAUUACUAUAAGUUCAUUGUUAAUGGGAAUUGGCGGCAUUCAACAUUGUCCCCAUCUGAAAGGGAUGGAAGUGGGAAUGUCAACAAUAUAAUCAUCAUUGGCGAUACUGCCAGCGUGAGACCUUCUGUUCAACAACCGCAAAAGGAUGUGAAUAUUGUGAAGGUGAUCGAGAGGCCAUUGACAGAAAACGAGCGCUUCAUGCUGGCAAAAGCUGCUCGUUGCGUUUCAUUCUCAAUAUGCCCGAUUAGACUAGCUCCAAAGUAGGUUGGCAAGUACACCAUACCGCGAUCUGACGAUUUUUCGAGGCUAGAACAUACAGAUCAUGCAAAUUAGUUUCUGCUGAGUCCCUAAAAUCAAGACAUACAUAAAUGUAGCAUGAUGCAAUUGUUGAGGUUGUUCUGCUAUUGUUGCCUUUCAUGGGCCUAUAUGUUAUUGAUAUCAAUAAAUUUGUUUAAAGCCUAUGUACAAACAACCCACGUGAUGGAUGAAGAAAAAAGCCACAAUGGUUGGCGACGCCAAAAUGGCGGUAUUCCAAAAUAA